CAUGGCGGCUUCGAAGAGGUUGUGCUCCUCUCGAUCGCGCGAUUGUAGCGAGAAUUCGCGCAGAGCACAUGGAUCUAAUGACAAAAAAGGACAUAGAAGAGAAGUGGAAUCUCUUCUGGACAUUUCUGCCAAAGUUGUGGCAGAGAAUAUUCCGUUUCAACGGAUAGAACAGCUUUACGAUCGGAUACCGGAGCCCGUUCAAAGUCGGAUUGUGUACUGGUCGUUUCCCCGAAAUGAAAAGGAUAUUUGCAUGUACUCUUCCUAUGCAAACUGUUCUAAUAAGGACAACUGUGAAAGCCAAAAGCUGCCUUUUUAUCAGGGAAUUAAACUUUUAGAAAACGGUGCUGUUUCCAACGUUCUGCAAAUAGGCUUCCACUUAAGCGGAACGAUAACAGAGCCUGCCAAACCCCUUUUCUCAGAGCCAGAAAAACCAUACCAAGUAUCAAUAAGUUUUGACAGGUGUAAAAUUACAUCUGUAAAAUGUGGCUGUGGAAACCGAGAUAUAUUCUGGUGCCACCAUGUGGUGGCGCUGUCACUGUAUCGGAUACGGAAAGCAGACAGUGUGCAACUACGGGUGCCGAUAUCCGAAACACUUCUACAGAUGAGUCGAGAACAGCUGCAGAAAUUUGCCCAGUAUUUAAUCGCAGAGCAUCAUACAGAUGUUCUACCCACAGCCCAGAGGAUAGCAGAUGAAAUCUUGCAGGCAAUGUCUGAAAUCAACAUGCUUCCAGGUGCCCCUGACCCCACAGCAGGUGCAUCUAUUGAUGAUGACAACAGUUGGCAUUUGGAUGAAGAACAGGUUCGGGAACAAGUUCGCACAUUCCUCUCUCAGGGUGGAUACCUCAACUCUUCCAAUCAACUAAACUCCAUGUUUGCCAAGGUGCGAGAGAUGUUGCGAGCCCGAGAUUCGAAUGGCGCUCGAAUGUUGACGUUGAUCACAGAGCAGUUCCUGGCCGAUCCCCGGCUGGCUGUGUGGAAGACACAGGGGACACCCAUGACUGACAACUGCCGGCAACUCUGGGAUGAGCUGGGUGCAUUAUGGGUAUGUGUGGUGCUAAAUCCAAGCUGCUCACCACUUGAGAAGGAACAGUGGCGCGCCCUUCUGGAUCAGUGGAUUGGGAACUCCCUGUGUCCCCUAGAGGAUGCAGAUGGGGGUCGGCAAAUACCUGAUGUACCCCUCACUCGGGAUCUGUUAGCUGGAGGCACAAAUAACACGCCCCCUCAGACCCGGCCACGCCCCAGGACCGUGUUUCAACACGCCCAGGAAGCAAGCCAGCUGACGUGGGAAGACCGACAUCUACAGCUGAUCGUCCACCAGGACAAUUUCCACAGUCGUGAUGCCUGGAACUCAAAACUCUUUGAUUCCCGGGGACUUCCUCUCUGGCAUGAGCAUAUACCGACAGCUUGUGCCAGAGUGGAUGCCCUGCGUUCCCAUGGUUACAUUAAAGAAGCUUUACGAUUGGCUGUUUCUAUAGUGAGAACAAUGAAGUUAGAACAGAAGAGAAAUCAGGAACGAUACAGAGACUUGCAGAGAGAUAUAGUGUCAGCCAAUCCUUGUAUGUCAACAUGUGGGUCAAGGUCACAACCACCUGUCAAUCAAACUGGCCUGAUUGGUCACCCCCUCAACCCAAUCUCCGUACUGUUUGAAACUCUACUGGAGGCAUGUAUGGUGCCUGAUGAGCAUCAUAGCAGUGGGUCAUCAUCUUCAAGUUCAAGUUCUCGUAACAACAAUAACAACAGUUCCAGCAACAACCAUUCCUCAUCUUCAUCAUCAUCAACGUCAUCAUCUUCAUCGUCAUCAUCCUCACAGUGCUACACACACUUUGCUGAAGGAUUAGUAUCCGGGGAAACCUACCUCACUCUAGCCAUAGAAGUGGCUCUCAUAGGUCUCGGGCAGCAGAGAAUCAUGCCCUCAGGACUGUACGCUCAGGAGAAGGCGUGCAAGCAGGAGGAGAGAUUGCUGUCCAUGUUGCACAACAUUCCCUCAGACCCGGUGAUCAUCGGCGUCAUGAAGAGCCAGGCCACGCUGUUGUUGGAAGGUGGUCCCAGCAGCGGGUUGGGCGUUGGCAUCCACCCGGAGAGCUACCCCAUGCACACAUUCGCCCGCUACCUCUUCAACUGUUUGCUUCCUGUCGAUGUCGACCUCGCCUACAUGAUCGGCAUGAGGGCUAUGAGACUACCGGUGCUGGAGAAUACAGAUGAAGUGAACCUUGACAAUGGCAUCAACAAUGUCGGGUCGGCCAUCUUGAGUCGCUUCCCUCGCUGGUUCAUUUUAAGUCACGUGGAAGCGCAGCAGUGUGACCUUGCUUCUACGCUACUUGCUGCCUCAAAAAGUGACACUGGUCGAUUGCGACGAGUUCUGGAGUGUGCCCAACAGCACAUACACAGCUCUUCCCAGCUGUACAAGCUAGCGCAGGACGCCUUCAAGAUUGCCACCACUCCUGACGGCUCUAAACACAUGCCAGCACUCAAUGCUGCAUUUGAACUAGGUCUACAGGUUAUGAGGAUGACAUUGAUGACAUUGAAUUGGCGACGUCGUGAAAUGGUGCGAUGGCUGGUGACGUGUGCAACAGAGGUUGGAGUUCAGGCACUCAUCUCAAUCAUGCAAAACUGGUUCCAGUUGUUUGCACCUAUCGAGGCUACAAGUACAGUGGCCACAACAGUGGUGUCCCGAGCAACGAUGGACCAGCUGAAGUUAACGUACCCCCAACACGAGGAGCUAGCCCGAUGUGCCCGCAGCCUCGCUCUCCAGUGUGCCACCAAAGAUCCCCAGAACUGUGCAUUGUGUGCCCUUACUCUGUGUGAGAAGGAUCCUGUAGCAUUCGAGACAGCGUAUCAGAUCGUCAUCGACGCUGCAGCCCAUGUGAUGAAUUCCAGUCAGUUGUUUACUAUUGCUCGCUAUAUGGAGCAUCGUGCCUACCCCCACCGAGCAUAUAGACUGGCACUUCUUGCCAUGAAAAAUCUCCACCUAGCUUACAAUCAAGACACCCACCCAGCCAUCAAUGACAUUCACUGGGCAUGUUUGCUGAGUCACUCUCUGGGGAAGACGGAACUUGCCAACAUGAUCCCGUUACUAGUAGAAAAUGUGCAGUGUGCUGCUGUCCUGUCAGACAUUUUGCGUCGGUGCACAUUAACGGCGCCAGGUAUGGCAAGUGCGGACGGUAAAAGACGAGCAAUUAAAUUGCUGUCGUAUGAAAAGCUACCCCUCAGACAACUUAUGGAAGCGACAAUAUACGCAUACAUCCAAACGACUCAUUCCAAACUGACCCAUAUUAGUCCCCGUCACUAUGGAGACUUUAUUGAGUUUCUCAGCAAGGCUCGGGAAACAUUCAUUUUAGCUCAAGACGGACAUAUACAGUUUGCUCAACUCAUUGAGAACAUGAAACUGGUGUAUAAAGGCAAAAAGAAGCUUAUGUAUUUAAUAAAGGAACGAUUUGGAUUAUGAGGAGCAAUCGUGCGACAGCAUUAUUCAAGGGACCACAUUUAAGUUAUCACUAUUCAUCAGUGCUAUGGACUUUCCUUCAUCUCAAUGGUGCCACACCCAUCUGUCUGUGACACUGGGAAACGCAAACAUGGCUGGACAAGCAACUAUCUUCACCCAGUAUUUCCAUGUAGGCUCACACACUUGUUGAUUUCUUCCUUUGUUUAUAUAUGUCGAUAUACAUAUUUUAUUGAAUACUUGUAGAAUAUGUUUUGUCAGCAGUUUACACACUGAGGAUGUAGUUUGUCAUGCCAAACUCUUUUUUUCCCCUAGUUUUCCAAGCCAUAAUGCGUUGUCUCACUUGAUCAUUGGACCAGCAAUAUAUAUAUCGAGUUGAAACUCAGGAAUGCAAUGUAUAUGGUAACCAAAGGCUAUCAGCACAUUUCCCAUGUGUGUAUUUUGUAUUACAUAUUUUUUAUGGAAUGAUUGAGAAAACACUAAAUGCAUGUUUUGAGACUUUACACAUAGGAUUUGUAAUAAAUACAGCUCAAAGUGUUGGACAGAGUGCGAGGAAUGUAUAGAAAUAAUAUAAUAGUGUUGGAUUUUGAUGACCUGACACAGUGUCAAGGUCACCUGUGUGUCAGAGGUCACAUGGCAAAGGUCACCAGCUUGGCUGGUCAGAGUCAUCUCUGACCCUGCCUUGACCAUCUGUUGAACAAAUCUGCAUGACAUUCUCUGAAUGGUUAAAAGUCAGCCUUUCAAGCAGGUAUAUUCAUUGAUUGUAAACAGAUGUAUCUCGACAACUCAGCUGGGGUCAUAUGAAUAUUCAUAAUCAGUCAGGUUAUAGAUUUCCCCAAAUGCAAUAGGCUUCAUACUAUAUUUCUGUACAGGGUUCCUCAUGUCAGAUUGUGAUCAGGGACCAGUUUUGGGGAAAGACUAUGAAUAAUCAAUCUUAUCAAAUGUCAUGAAUUGGGAUUUUGUAUAAGAUCAAGCAAUUUUGGAUUUCCCUGAAUUAAUACAAGCAAUUAAGACCAUAAUAAAAAGCAUGUGGGUUUUCUGACCCGACACAUUCUCAGCUGUGGAUCUUGAAGACCUCUGGUGAUAUCUGGUUCCAGACUUCUGUAGACAAAUUUUUCACUGUGUUUUAUGUUCGGUAAUCAUGGUUGAAAGAGUUCGACUUAUGUUUGUGUUUUAAAGAUCCCUUUGAAGAGAUUGAGUUUGUACAGGAAAGACUACAAACAAUCUGUAUAGUGUAUUGUUCCAUUUAUUAACAGUUACGUCAGUAUGCAAACACUGUUAGCUAUGGAGGAAAACAUUUGGGAAUGUCACUGUUUGGGCAUUUUCUUAACUAUCGCAGUAAUAUGUGAUAUGUUUACAAGUUUUCACACGCUGUGAGAACAGGGUAAUAAGAUUUAAAGAUAAGUUUGAAAUUAACUUUUAAUUUAGUUGAUAUGUACGAAAACCUGUUUUUGCAGUAUUUUCUUGAUUUGGGAAAAUGUCUUGUUAUUGUACCUUGUUACGUUAUGCCUGUUUGUGUCAUAUUAUUAUUGGUUAAAUUUUCCAUAUCUAUGUGUUUUAGUUUGGAACAAAAGGAUUAGUGGAGUAUUGUUUGAGCAUAUUUCCUGUAAGGAAGAAAAGAUGUUCCAAUGGGAUUUUUAAUUUUCUUUCUGGGGUGAUAUAUUUUUAGAAUUGUCUACCUCUGCGUAACGUUAUACCUGACACUCUAUUAUUCUUUUGAGUGUCUCAGUCAUGCACUUUGCUGUGUUUUAUCAGUGUAUUCGCUUAAGCUGAAUUGACGUACAAAGACCAUGGAAACAAUUGAGCUGUAGGUAUUGUUCAGUGAACAAGUUGUUAAAAUUCUCAUUUGUUCUUUUUUUUAGAUUAUUUUAUGGAAAUCAGGAUUCAUAAGAUAUGGAUCUCAGGGACAGAAACCCUUUUUUUUCAAGCCCUAAGUUUGAAUUUUCAAACUGUUUCUAAGCAUAUAUACCCUUUGCCAUUGUGUAGUUAUUUACUCUCAGUAAUAACCCAAGUAAGUUAUUAAUGAGUCCUGCACCUUGAAGAUUGUGGGACAUAGCCAUUGCCUGUACAAAGAACCAUGAUAUCUGUUGUCUGUCUUGACCUUUGUGUAAAUGUGAUAUCAUCUGUUCCAUGAAAGUUAUAAUAUUGAAAACUGUGUGUUAUCUACCUCAAAUGUCGACUAUCCGAACACGUAGCCAGCAUAAUUUUCUUACCACUGAUAACCCAACACAUGCCGUUUGUGUAAACCCAACUCAAAUUAAAAACUUAUAGAGAAACAUCAGUUAAAUGUUAUUUUAAAGUUUAAGGCCUUUAUUUCAGUUGUGCAAACAGAGGCAAAAGGAAAUCAAUCCUUUUGUAUGUUGUUGGUUUUUUUAAAGAAAUUAAUCUGUUUUACUGUUAGUUUGUGUAUGGAAAUACCACACAACUUUUGCUAAGGACAACACCUUUGACUAAAGAUGACUUAUAUUGUCCUCUGCUAAUGUUGAGUGGUAUAUGUGAUUAAAGUGUUUUUCAUAUAAGGGCCUACCUCACAAACACAAACAUUCAUUCUUGGGAUGUCAGUGGUACAAAUCAAACUAAAUCUACCUUGAAAUUUUCAUCAUCAAUUAUCAUCAUCAUUAUCAUCAUCAUCAUCAUGAAUCAGCCAUAUUCUCGUGAUGCUGUGUAUAGCCACAUUUUGUAGUCUAGUCAGAAACCCUUGUACAAGAAUUUUCAAUUUCUAAUAUAGAUUGAGAAAUUCCUCCUCCUUCUCAAAUUUCUUUACAUUCUAUCAAAAUCUGUUUUCUUCUGAACUCUUUUUUGAAACUCCCCUGCAUUCUUGACACUACAGAAAGAGCAUACAGUGCCAUCUAUACAAUGUUGGAUAUUUAGCAAUCAAAAUACUUUAUAUUUCAUGGUAUAAAUUGUUAGGUAGGUUGUUUUAUAUUCAUCCCAAUGCCUGCCAAAACAUUUUGAUUCCAUUAGCCCAUAAUUUUUGUUUUGUGGUUUCUUUGUCAUUUAUUGCAAUAGAAAUCAUUUGAGUUCCGAUUCUAAAUGCAUUCAGUAUUGAAUCGCCGUCAGCUGGCAUGGACUUGAUUUAAUCCCAUGUGCAGUUUGUCACUGCAGGAAAUUCAUUGAUUACAUUGAGCCUGAAGUAUUUUCUUCCCAAAUCAUAAUAACUUUUGUAAUGCUAUACAGUGAGCAAUAUUGCCAAGCUCUCAACAGGGAAUGUAAUGAUAUGCACCAGAGCUUAGCAUAUGUUAUCAGAUUGACCAUGUGCAUAAGGCCGGUAGCAUAUUGUCACAGAUCAAUGAAAUGUGUAUUCUUUAUAUUUAUUUCUAUAAGCAAUGUAUGUGUACUAUUGUUUUGUAUCAGUCAUAAUUGCAAGAUAGAUCCCAUAACAUAAGAAAGUAAUGUCAUUCUUCCAUUUUCUAAAUAAGGAACACUAAUUAGUUGUAUAUUAUCAUUUUGACAGUUUCUCCAAAUUAAAAACUGUUCCUAGAACUUCUGAAACAAAAGGGAAGAGUUAUGUCCCCUACAUUUGGUAGCAUCCUCAACAGAAACAUCAAGUAUUGUAAUAAGUGCCAUUAAAUUAUUUUGUAUUAUGUUAUCGACUGUUCUGUCUUAGAAUGAAUUUAUUAUGAAACGAUUUUGGAUUAUUUAUUCUUGAAAUGAUAAUUAGUGAUAAUGACCUCUGUUCAUUCAUAGCUGUAUCUGUGUUGCUACUUGUUAUGUGUUAGACAUGACUGUAAGCACAAAGAUGAGGACUACGAUAAGUGCUACAUCUUGGUUUGUACAGUGCUAUGGUUGCUUCUCAGGUCAACAUAACACACAAACUGUCCGUGUAUCAUCUCUUGACAUGGAGAUUGUUUUAUCAGAAAAAUAUACUAUCUUUACUAUAUGUACAGGUUUACAAAUAAGAAAAUGAUUUUUUUCAAAGUAAAUUGGAAAAUUCUAUUUUUCAUUUUGGGGAGAAUUAGGUUUUUAAAGUAUUUUUUAAAAAAAGCAAGUUUUGUUCUCCGAUUUGAAUCCAUAUUUAUUCUUAAUUUGUUCAAGCACGAUCACAUUAAUUCAGUUAUAGCUGGGUCUUUUUUUUUAAGAAUUGUAUAAUUGGUGUCAAAAUAGCCUGCAAUCAAAACUUAACCCCAAGUUUAUGCUAAAACAAAGCUGCUUAAUACCAAUGAAAACAGCAUACCAAUGUGUUGUAUGAUGGGCCCCUGUGAACGGAAGAUGUAUUGUUGAGAGAUGUUUAUAAAACAGAUUGUAUGUUACCCAAGGACCACCCUGAUUCGUGGAGAAGUCGGGUGGAUGCUAUCACUGUUGUUAUAUGUGAGAGAAGCCUGGGUUUGUUUAUCAAGAAAGGUGCAUGUAUUGUGUUGAUUCUUUUCUGUAUUUUGUGACUAUGAGUUGUAUACGAGUCGAAUGUUAGUCAUCAUUGGUCGCUACCAUCACUCAUUAAAAAUAAUGAAAACAAAAAAGAUGUCUAUUUAUUGAACCCAAAACAUGGGUUUUGAUAAGUUGUACCUUCAUAUUAUCUUUCAUGGUAUAAUAAAAAGAGUGAGAAAUGCAA